UCGGUAAAAACAAAGGGUGUAUUUUGCUCUCUAACGUCAUCUGAUUCUACAUAUGUCACCCCUAGUACCUUCCGUCGGACAGCUAUCGGCGAGCAAACUCUGAAUAUUUAAAGUAGCCUAAAGUUAUUUACUGCGGUGACAGAUUUUGGUCGGAGUAAACCCUCUCGCUUCGCCUCUUCCUCUCUGUUUGAGUUUAUUGUUGGUUUAUCUUGUCUCGCAGGUGAAACACUGUUCUAGGAAGCAUUAGGGAAACGAAACUAUACCGCAUCUGUUUUGUGGGCAAUUCAAUUUACGAACAAGGCCCUGGCUCUAGUGAGCCACCAUGCCCAGCAGCAUCACAGGGAGCCCCAGACCCAGGUCAGAGCCAGGGGGCCAGGAUGGCCUCGUCUCUGUGGGACCCAACCAUUACCUCUCCCGGGGUAGCAGCACCAGCCAGGAGUCCUGCUAUGAGGAGCGAUCUGUGGACCCGGUGGAGGAGAGGCCCCAGGAGCACCAGGGGCCCAAGGGGACCCACCACAAGGCACACUGCAGGGACGCGCAGAGCAGGGAGGCUGAGGAGACCAUCGGCUUCAUCCCCAGAUCAGCAGACUCUCCUCCAGGGGUUCAAGGGUGUGGUCCCUGUGCAUCCUCCUCCCCAGGCAGCUGUAAGAAAUGGGUGUGCAGCGUGCUGACUUGUGGACUCUACAGGGUGUGUCUGAGCACCAUCCUGGCCCCCUGCCUGGCCUCCAGUCCCAGAGGGAUGUCCCCAGACGACGAUCAGAAGGUCAGCCUCCAGGGUCUCCAGAGCCACCCUGGGACCAACGAUCCCCGACCCAGGAAGGAGGGCAGGGGUAGUGGCUCAGAUUGGUCGGAGGACAUCUACAUCAGAGGGGUCAAAGUGGACAUUCCUAGAAUGGAGGAGCCGGUGGUCAUUACCAGGCCUCCGUUACACAAUGGCGGAGGAGGGAGAUGGUACAGCCCUCCGUCCUACUCCUGGUACGAGGGGGAUAUGGGUGAUCUGAGCAUGGGUGACGUGGACUCUCUGAUCACCCAGAAGCUUCUGGAGCUGUACUCUGAGUACCAGAUUGAGGAGCUGGCCCACUGCACCUCGGACUCUGUGUUCCUGAAGAAGACCAGUGAGAUCAGCCAGCUGAUCAGUGUCCUGGCUGAGGAGCAUCAGCUUGAUGAGCAGGACGCAGAAUGUCGACUGGUCAAGGGCAUCAUCAGGAUCAGCACUAGGAAGAGCAAGAAGAGACCUCAGUACAAAAGGUCACACAGGAGAACCUCCGACAGCGGUAACGAAACCAUGAGCAACUACCAAACAUCAACCAUCAGCAAUAACAAUGAUUAUGAUAUCCAGAUAUCCAAGGAGUCAGAUUCUGAUAUGAACGCUAGGAACAUGAGGAUGAACAGUGGAGCAGCAGAAAGUUCUGAACAUCAGAGCUCUGUGUUUGGCAUGCCCCUGCCCGGGACCUCAGUCAGAACAUGACGAUCCAUCCUCAACACUGCUGAUGCUAUAGAUCUUCUCACCAGUCAUCAGGUGAAGAGGUUGGGACCCAUAGAGAUACACAUAUAAUAUAUGUUCUAUUUAAUUCUGUGUCGGGAACUUUAAGGAGCCAGAGAAUUUUACUCUGUUAAAUGAAGUGGGAGGAGUAUUACGCCUAUGCAAACUCCUCCAAAGACCAUGACUUUACUUUGAAAACUAUACUAUGAAUCGUGUCAUCUGUAUUUUGAAGGAUUAUAAUGUAAUCAGGGUAGUGAAUGUAUAUUUGAUUCUGGUGUCUUGCAUCCAUGUUUUGGGGUUGGUCUGUCUCAGAGAGAAGGUAAUGUAGACUUCUGGAAGGGUCUGGUAAUUAUCUCCCCCCGUUUUUGAUGUCUGUUCCUCUUAUCGCCCUCCUAUUACAUCAGUGGUAGUGUGUGUGUUCUUUUACCCUUGAAUAACAACUAGCUGUGUUGAUAUGAAACUCGACUCUCCACUGCUGCCGGACCUCUUCCUGCUUUAUCAGUUCAACCUACAACACUGUGCCACAAGAAUCAGUUUGAAGGUAGUGUACUCGCAUCCAGUGACUUGCAGGGUAAAGUAAACUGACCCAAGAAAUCCAGUGACUUGAUUGGUCAACGGUUUUAUUGUGCAACAUGUAGACACCAAGAACCAACCUGGAAUGUACUGGAGGCCAAAAAACACUUCGAACAGAGAAAGAACACAGAACACCUCAAAGACUGUGGUGACUGUGAAAUAUAAUUGUAGAUGUACCUUUUGAUGCCAUGGGAAUAUCAUACUCCUAUACCUAACUCGGGUAACAUUUUACUUGACACCCAGUAACAUGGUCUUAACCAUGUCAUAAUAUGGUCAUAACACUGUCAUGACCCAUAUAUUUACACCUGUUGUGACAUACAUUGCAUUAUUUUAUAGCUGGUUAUGAAAUCUACAUAAGUGUCAACUCACAUUUAUUCAAAUUAUUUUUUUUCCCAGCCAAGAAGUGUCCUUUCGUUUCAAAGAUUGUUUCUUAAAUAUUUUGUUGUUAUGAGUUCUUUACAGUCAUGUUUUUUAUUUUAAGUAACUUGUAGAAAAUACACUGUUUGACACUGUCAUGAAACAUUAUGACCAGUCUGUGUCACUUUACUUGGACUAAGAAAAUACACUAUGACACUGUCAAGAAGCAUUAUGACCAUCUUAA